AUGUUCGACCUGGGAGUUGAGAUGGACAGCCUUGCGAUUGCGCAAGGUUCCCUGCUACUCACAUACUACACUCCACUUGAGGAUCCAAGGGCUCAUUCGUACUGGCUUAGCAUCGCAAUCCAACACUCCAAGCUGGUUCAUGCGCACGACUAUCGAACUUAUGCUCAAUUUCCCGCGGAGCGUACAGUACCUCUGAAGAGAUUAUGGUGGUGCUGCAUUGUCCGCGACAGGAGUCUGUCACUUGGUCUCCGUCGUCCACUGCAGAUCUCGAAAGCUGCAGUAGAUCCCAUGCCCCCACCUCUUUCUGAACAAGAUAUUGCAGCUGAGAUGUCAAAUUCUCGAAUCUAUAGUACAGCAUCGAAACAGGAUCUGCUGCAAACCUUCAAUAAAUUGUGCAUGCUGUCAAUAUAUCUAACGGAUGCCAUAGAGAUAAUGUAUCCUACAUGGGAAGCAUGUUCGUCAACAUUACCAUCAAAGGUGUCUUUUGAACAGAAAAAGCAACGUUUAUUGGAGGCAGAGAGCCAGCUAGAUGAAUGGUACAAUGAAUCGCGCAAAACAGAACUUGCAGUGUCCCCUGGAGACUCUGCUGCUGUCAGUCUGCUCGUGCUUCAAAAUCUAGGAUACAUGUAUUACUAUGCUGCGAAAGCAUCGAUUCAUAGCAAGGUGAUCUUGGAAUCGAUCCUUGACACACGUAUUGCUACCAACGGAGUGACCUGUCGAUUAGAGAGCAACAUAAAGCUCGAACAAGCUGUAAAUGGCAUGACAUUGAUCUUGAUUGAUUUACUGCAAGCAAAAGCCAUCAAUUAUUUACCUGCUGCUGCCGUUGCACUUGCAUCCCUACCCCUCGCAUGGCACGUUGUUGGCAGCAGACUUGCACCAAAGUCUCGAGAUUCGGAAACACUUGAGAAAGGAGUAACUGCCUACAAUAAGAUGAUGAGAAUUUGGCAAGUGAUGUAUGAGGGGACCGACAGGGUCCUCGAAACGAUAACAGAGCUGGUCCAACAGAUUGAGCUGGAGAACUCUAUAUUGAGCAUUCACCGCACCCCAAUUCAACUAUUCAAUUCAAAAAAUCGAGAAGCCAAUUCAUGGGCCAAGAUUCUGCUCCUUCAGCCUGAGUCUUAUAGUCGAGUCAUCCUCGGUCUUGACAUCUCGCUAUCUCUUGGGAGGAAAAUCUGCCGCGAAGACCUCCCCGCUUUAUUGCAACCUCUAGAACAUAAAAAUGUGACGAAUCUCAUGAGUUUGUCCUUAACAGCGCCAGAUUUACAGAAUUACUCAAACUCGCAGCAAGAGGUUAAGCACAUUGGGGCCAUUGACUCGAAUUACUCAGAAUCAGCAACAUGCCCGUUGGAGGGCGAGAAUAUCGCCGAGAAACUAGACGAUGAGGUGGAGUCUGAAUUUAGAGGUCCUUGGACAGUGAACUCCAUUGAGGACAGGCAGGUGCCACGCAAAACAGAAGACGACAUUUUUGAGAAACUUUUGCAAGGGUAUGCAGAAGCAAGUCCUUUUUCCCCAAUCUUUACGUGA